AUGUCACCUUUGCUUCCUCGGAUUGGCCAAAUUCUUCGAGGAAGACUGGGAAACUACGUCAUCACAUCACAGAUUCAGGAGACAGUGUGGCUUGCAAAAGAUCAAACAGAGCAAUUUGUCGUCGUUAAAGGCGUCCACGGCCAUCCUCGCGUGGAAAAUGAACGAGACAUUCUGAAACGCUUUCAGGACCGAACUCCCUUCCUGCGACGUUUAAUGGACGAGAUUGAAGAUCCGUCAGACCCCACAAUCAUCGUCUUAAAACAUCUUGACGAUCACCUUCUUAACGCAUCUAUUGAGAAGACGUUGAACAGAAAAGAGCUGAAGUACGUAUCCAGACGAAUCCUUGAGGCAUUAAAGGUGCUUCAUGAAGAUGGAUACGUGCAUACAGAUGUUAAACUUGAUAAUGUCUUUGUGAACUACAACAGACAUGACACCAAUGGCCUACGGUUUUCAGAUGUCCAGCUCGGUGAUCUCGGCGGCACCUAUCCUGCGGACUCAAACUGGGCAAGGAAAGGGACACCGGUUGGUGCACCCAUGUGGAGUAGUCCGGAGGUGAUCAUGGAGACUCCCUGGAAUACAGCAACGGACAUCUGGUCGUUUGGGGCAGUUCUUAUAAGCCUGAUUUAUGGAGGAAAUUUCAACCUUUUCCGCCCCAAAACCGUUCCUUAUGGGCACGAGGAAUAUGGGUUGGAAGUUCUCAAACAGCAAUUUCGGUAUUUUGGUCCAUUUCCUGGAAAAUACGAAGAAAUUGCAGGUCCCAUGACUGUUAGAGCAAUUUUGUACCUCAUGCAAGAGAUACCACAGUCAAAAACGACACCUUUCUGCCGGACAACAGAGAAAGAGGUUUGUAAGAAAGAUAAGGAGUUUAUUAGCAAGAUCAUGAUGAUGGAUUGGAGGGAUAGGCCUACGGCUGAGAAGUUGCUUGAGGAUGAAUGGUUUAAAGAGGAGGAUUGA